GGCGAUCAUCCUGCUCUCUCUCUUGUCAAGGACACUGAUGCCCAUGGAGACAAGAAGAAAGUCAGCGCCUACAUCGCCCUUCUGGAAUACAACGUCAUUGCCCCUGAGCGGGGAGACAUUCUCCUCCGCUAUGUGGCUUGCACGGAAGACGACGCCCCUUAUCUCCUCAACCAGAUCCUUUUCAUGGAUAUGCCGGGAGUCAGCUUUGCAGCCGCCUUGGACGACAAGCCCAUCCACGUCCCCCGAGUUCAGCUGCAUGGGAAUAUCCACUUCUGGAACCCAGAUCGCCCCAAAGAAGAGCAGAGGGGCUCCUUCCUGGUGCUGCCGCUGGAAGAUGUCCGGAGAAGAGUCUUUGGCAUCCUCGGGCUGGACACCCUCCAGGACAAGAACGAAAAAACCAUCUUCGUCCCCCACGAGAUCCGUUACUACCAGGGGCUCGCACACUCCUUCAGCAAAGCCUACCAUCACAUCCGCACCCAGCAAAGCCUGCUACAGGUUCUCCUGGCCGGGGUGCAGUGGCUCUCGGGCCGUGCCCCGGGCCUUCAAAGCAUCACCGCCUACUUCGUGGAACCUGGAGAGACCCGG